AAAAAGAAGCCGAAGAAAAUAAUUUUUAUCUUAUUCCAACUGCCGAAGUAAGUUUAAUUAACCUUUAUCAACAUCAAAUCUUAGCCGAAAAGGAUUUACCUUUGAAUUUAUGUGCCUAUAGUCCUUGUUUUCGGGCGGAAAGAAUGGCAGCCGGUCGGGAGAAUAAAGGACUGGUUCGGCUCCAUCAAUUUCAUAAAGUUGAGUUAGUAAAAAUAGUGGAACCAGAAAAUUCUUAUGCCGAGUUAGAAAAAUUGGUGAAUGAUGCUCGGAAUAUUCUCCACCGAUUAAAAAUUUCGCACCGCGUAAUUGAGCUUUGUCACGAGGAAUUAGGAUUUACGGCUGCUAAAACUUAUGACCUUGAAGUUUGA